AUGUACUCAACUAUUUCCUCAUUCGCUCUUUUAUUUACAUUUUUAAUCUCGUUAGUUUUUGCUUUCGAUGCUGAUUCUAAUAAAAAUGUUGCUGUUUACUGGGGUCAGAACUCCGCCGGUGAUCAAGAAUCCCUAGCAACUUACUGUUUAUCUAAUGAUGCUGAUAUAUUCCUUUUAUCUUUUAUUUAUGAAUUCCCUUCCCUUGGUUUAAAUUUCGCAAAUGCUUGUACAAAUACUUUUUCUGAUGGUUUGUUGCAUUGUCCUGAAAUUGCACAAGAUAUUAAGACAUGUCAAUCCCUAGGUAAGAAAGUUUUAUUAUCCAUGGGUGGUGCUUCUGGUGCAUAUGGGUUUUCUGGUGAUGCGCAAGCAGAAGAAUUUGCUACCACUUUGUGGAAUACUUUUGGUGAAGGUAAUGAUUCCUCUGUUGAACGUCCAUUUGAUGAUGCUAUUGUUGAUGGGUUCGAUUUUGAUAUUGAAAAUAACAAUGGUAUUGGUUACGCAGCUUUAGUUUCUAAAUUAAGAACAUUAUUUGAAGAAGGUUCUAAACGUUACUACAUUUCUGCUGCUCCACAAUGUCCAUAUCCUGAUGUCUCUGUUGGUGAUUUGUUAGCCAAUUCUGAUGUUGAUUUUGCUUUCAUUCAAUUCUACAACAAUUAUUGUAAUGUUGAUAAACAAUUUAACUGGGAUACUUGGGCUGAUUUUGCUGCUAAUAUUUCACCAAACCCAAAUAUUAAAUUGUACUUAGGUUUACCAGGUUCAGCAACUGCAGCUGGUUCCGGUUACGUUUCUGAUAUGUCUAGUUUAGCUUCUGUUGUUGAAAGUAUUUCCACCUCCUCAAAUUUUGGUGGUAUUAGUUUAUGGGAUGCUUCUCAAGCUUUUAGUAAUAAAAUUGAUGGUAUUUCUUACGUGGAAGAAAUGAAAAAUAUCUUAAAUGAUAAUGCAAAUUCUGGAUCAUUAGUUUCUUCUACUGUUUCAUCUGCUGCUCCUUCUACUUCAACUGAAGUUCAAUCUACUGCUACUACUUCUUCUCCAGCGGAAUCUAUUGUAAUAACUUCUUCUCCAAUUGAAUCCAGCACUGCCACUUCUUCUACCACUAUAUCCUCUGCUACAACUUCUGCUCCAGUUUUAGUUGAAACUACUACAGUUACUCCAAUGACUACAACCACUUCCACUGUUACUGCUAAUCCAUCAACUUCUGCUUCUCAAACGAACACUCCACAUCAAACAACUACUUUAGAUGGCUCUUCUCAAGUGACAUCAGCCCCAGUUAUUACUACUCAAGCUUCUAAUACUGCUGUUCCAACCGAACGUACCACUACUACCAUAGUCCCAUCUCCAAGUGCUACACAACCAGGUUCUGUUGCCCAUAUUAUUGCUCAAGAAAUGAAUGCUAGAUAUGCUGCAGGCCAAUUUGAUGGUAAAGAAUUACCAUGUAUUGAUGGUUCAAUUGCAUGUUCUUCUGAUGGUAGCUUUGCCAUUUGUAAUUACGGUGAAUGGGUAAUAAUGGAAUGUGCCGCUGGCACUACAUGUUAUGCAUUUGAUCAAGACGAUACUGUCACAACAGGUUGUAACUUUAUCAGUUUAAGAGAUAACUUCUUUUAA